AUGUUGUUUCUCGAUCUCCCUGAUGAACUCCUCCUCUUCGUUGGGGAGGUCAUUCCUUUGCAGCGCGACCUAAGCUCCCUGACAAAAACAAACCGCCGUCUCUACUGCCUCUUAUCAGACCUCCUCUUGAAAAUCAACAUGAAGGAUUCCAACAGUUCGGCUCUGGUAUACGCCGCCCAGCAUGGCAACCUGGCCGUCGUACAGCGGAUGGUCGAAUUGGGCGCGGAUAUCAACGCCACGAACCCCGACGCGUACACUGUUUUAGAUUGUGCCGCAUCCGAAGGUCACGCAGAUAUUGUUAGGUAUUUGCUCAGAAAGGGCGCCAGUCAUCGGUUCACGGUCGAACGGCCCUCUGUCUCCAACGUGUCUCAGAGAACGGUACAGAACAUGUUCACAACGAACGUGAGCAAGGAGGAACAAGAAACACUCGAGUACACCAUCCCGCUCUUCCUGGCCAUUCUGCACUCCCACGACGAGGCUGCGCUUUCACUCAUAGAGGAUCAAAGAGUCAAUAUCAACUACUGCGAUCUCUGGGGGCGGACACCGCUGAUGUGGGCCUUGACGUGUGGAAGGAGAAAACUGGUCAGGGCGCUCUUGCAGCAUGGCGCGAACGCCAAUGUACAUGAUGAACAUUCCGGCCUGACAGUGCUUAUUGCUGAAAUACGACGACCCAAAGCGCGCCAUGUGAGACUGCUAUUAGCUCACGACAAGGUCGACCCGAACCUCCCAGACCGUCAUUCUUGCACCCCGCUUUGGGCUGCGCUGGACUCGUGGGAUGUCACCAUGCUCAAGCAGUUGCUGGCAAGGCAUGACCUUGACGUGAACAAGACUCGUAAUGGGAUCACGCCUCUCCUGCAUGCGAUUUCGAACAAGCAAGAGGACGUAGCGAUUCUUCUCCUUAAGCACCCUAACCUUGACAGCUCCUCUAUCAACAGCAUGGACGCCAACGAGCGAACUCCGCUUUCCUAUGCCUCAGAAUACGGUCAGGUCUGGCUAACUGAUAUGCUGCUGGAAAAGGGCGCAGAUUCGCAACUGACCGAUGUUGACGGACGCGUUCCUCGGUCGUAUGCUGCCGCGAGAGUAGAAACCCAAGCAGCCACGUCUCCAACUCAAACAGAACAAGUCCAGGCCGACUCAGGCGAAGUUCCCGCGCAAGCGCCCAUCUUCUUGUCUAUCGAUCACGGACGCCUGGACACUCUUGAAACCCUGGUCAGCCUGGGCGCGGAUCCGAGCCAGCAGAAUGAGGACGGCCAUACACCACUGCAUUGUCUGGUAAAGCGGUCAGGAAGACAGCCAGUUCUGGCCCCCGAGGACGAGCAGGCGAUUCGCUAUCUGUUAGAGCAUGGAGCAGAUCCAUGGAUAAAAGACAAAUGCGGGAUGACGGUGCUGGAUAUGGCGCGGGCGUACGGCUGGGGUGAACUGAUGGGAGGCAUCCUGAGGUCAUCGUUUCGUAGAAUUCGCGGGGAAGACAGCCAUGGCAGUUGGGAGGACGCAAAUAUACCCCCAAUGUCAGAGGGGUGUGCAGCAGCCGGAAUGUGCUGGACACAACGACGUACUUGGAGGAUUGGGGUUGGAUAUGAGUCUGAUUGGGUAGAGUCCAGAGAACCUUGGCGUGUUUAG